AUGCAAAUUAGACAUUGCUUCUUCUGCUCUUCAGCAGUAUACCCUGGACGAGGAAUCAUGUUUGUUCGUAAUGAUGCCAAACAAAUGAUCUUCUGCAAAAGCAAAUGUCACAAGAACUUCAAGAUGAAACGUAACCCACGUAAGGUUCGUUGGACAAAAGCAUUCCGUAAAGCGGCAGGCAAAGAAAUGACAGUUGACUCUACACUAGAAUUCGAAAAACGUAGAAACGUUCCUGUUCGUUAUAAUCGUGAAUUGGUUCAACAAACUCUUGUUGCAAUGGAUAGAAUUGCAGAAAUUCGUGCAAGAAGAGAAGCUGCAUUUUAUAGAGCUCGUAUGGCA